AUGUCAAAACCAUACCCACCCGAAGACCUUCCCGAGGCCACAAUCGAGUCCAUCAUCGCACACAUCAAGGACUACCAAGCCAACCACGGCUCAUUGAUCAAAGUCAUCGGCUCGGAAACAGAACACAGCGUGCGAUUGCAUCCAGUUGGGGUCAGCGUGUUUCCGACACUGUUUCCACAAAAAUUGUUUGAUGAGGCGGUCGAGUUGCAAAGGAUAUAUGACGAGUUGUACAGCAAAGUGGCAGAGGAUGUGCAGUGGUUACAGGAAGUUACGAGUCCGCUAAGAGAUAAAGAGUCGUUGAUUGAUGCUCUGUGGACGGUGUAUGAGGAAGUGCAGAAACGGAGAGGAGAUGGAUCUGCUCAGUUUCCGGUCCAGAAUGUGUCUGGCGGUGUCUUUCGGUCUGAUUAUAUGCUCCAUUGGCAGGAUGACGACGUAGACGAAGAUGAAGCCAACAACAACAACAACAACAACAACAACAACAAAAAUAGAGAAGGGGAAAACGACGGCCUGCACUGGAUGAACAAAGUCACCCUCAAACAAGUUGAAUUCAACUCAUACUCAUGCGCCGGCGGCGUCCACGCAAACAAAGUCGCUGAUAUGCACCGCUUCCUCGUUCGCAGACACGUAUACCACGACUUCCCACUCGGCGAAGAUGACAUGAACCUGCAAUCCACACGCGAAAAUCCUAUUCGGCAAGACUCGCUACCCAAAAACAAGACGAUUGACAAAAUCGCAUACAUGCUAGCCGCGGCGCUCACAGAGUACCGGUCAUCAUCAUCAUCCUCCUCCUCCUCCUCCUCCUCCUCCUCCUCCUACAGGCAACCCACUGCCGUACUGAUGGUCGUGCAGCCGCACAACUUCAACACCACAGACGAAAGACCAAUCGAAUACGCGCUGUGGAACUGGGAAGACGGAGGCUCGCCCAUCCCGACAUACCGCGUCGAGUGGCAGGAUGUCUUGCAAUACACCACUCUGACCGAGACAGGCCAGCUACUCUUCCACCCAGAAGAAGCACACGGAAAAUCCAUCGAGAUCGGCGUUGUCUACCAUCGCGCGGGCUACGAGCCCAAGGAGUAUUCCGGCGACCACGGCAUCGAAACGCGGAUCCGACUCGAGCUCUCGCGCGCUAUCAAGUUCCCAUCUGUCCUGGGCCAUAUCACCACUACUAAGAAAGUCCAGCAAGCACUGGCUGCUCCAGGAGGAGUGCUAGAGCGCUGGCUUACGCCCGAAAGCGCACACAAGAUUCGACAGACAUUUGUCAAAUUGUAUCCAUUGGACGACGGCACACCGGCCGGUGCCAAGGGCGUUGAGCUCGCGACUAAUAACGUCUCGGCAGUAGACUACAUACUCAAACCGUCGCUAGAAGGUGGAGGGCACAAUCUCUAUGGAGAUGAUAUACCGGAUUUCUUAAACACUAUUCCCCGCUCGGAAUGGUCGGCAUACGUGCUGAUGGAGAGGAUUUGCUCGCCACCGGGCGUGUUCAAUGUGCUAAUGUCCUCCGAAGGCAUCGUCGCCGGUGAUGUCGUGUCAGAGCUGGGAAUUUUUGGCACUUGUCUCUGGAGGUCCGUCCCUAAUGAGGGUGGUCGUCGGCCUACAUGCGAAAUGAUCAAGAAUAAAGUUGGCGGGUGGUCGUUCAAGACCAAAGACGCUUUUGUGGACGAGAUGAGUGUUGUCAAAGGGUUUGGAUACUUUGAUACACCGUGUUUGGUUGAUCAAUAG